AUGUCAUCCUCGGCAGAGACAAUCCAAUUAGGAGAUUAUCUCUUUACCCGUCUGCUUCAGCUGGGGGUGAACUCGGUUUUUGGAGUUCCUGGUGACUAUAAUCUGCGCCUGUUGGACCAUGUUGAGCCAUCGGGGUUACACUGGGUAGGCAACUGCAACGAACUGAACGCCGCAUAUGCCGCAGAUGGCUACGCCCGCAUCAAUGGUCUAUCUGCGAUAGUCACCACAUUCGGUGUGGGUGAGCUCUCUGCGGCAAAUGGUAUUGCGGGUGCAUAUGCGGAAAGGUCUGCAGUGGUGCAUAUCGUAGGAACCCCCUCACGACAGCUGCAAAGCUCUCGGGCGUUGAUGCACCACACUUUCUCCGAUGGCGAUUACCGCCGCUUUGCGGCCAUGGCAACGCACAUCACCGCGGCACAGAUGAAUGUUACCGACUCCAUGUCGGCACCAGAUAACAUCGACUGGAUUCUGCAGCAGGCGCUCAUUCACAGACGGCCGGUAUACCUGGAGAUUCCUGAUGACAUGAGCGAGACGCUCGUCGCGGCAGCCAACUUGAAGACACCCAUCAAGAUCCCAACAACGCCGAGUGCUGCCCAUGAAUCAAAAGUGAUCACUCAGAUUCUGGAUCGGCUGUACACUGCGAAGAAGCCCUUGAUCCUCGUCGACGGAGAGAGUCGACCGCUCGGAAUUCUAGACCAACUCGACCAGCUCAUCCAAAAGACCAACUGGCCCACAUGGACAACAGUCUACGGCAAGGGCCUCGUCAACGAACAUCUUCCAAACGUCCAUGGCCUCUACGCCGCAGCAUACGGCGACAAGCCCUCACAGGAAUACUUUGAAUCCGCCGACCUCAUCUUGACUUUCGGUCCACACUACAGCGACACAAACACCUAUUUCUGGACGACAAUCCCCAAAGCCACCGCCGCCAUCCAAUUCAAAGACAGCACCAUUCAAAUCGAAAACGAAAUCUACCGCGACGUAUCCUCCAACGCUGUCCUCACCCAGAUCCUCGAGACCCUCGACUUCACCCGCCUUGUGCAGGCUCUCGGCCCAGCCAAGCGCGAAGCCCCCACUACAUCCAACAUUCAAGACUCGGACAUCAUCGCCCAGCACAACUUCUACCCGCUACUAAACCCCCUCUUCAAAGAAGGCGACAUUAUCCUCACGGAAACCGGCACCGCCGCCUACGGUGGCCGCACUUUCAAACUCCCUCCUCAAUCACGCCUCUUCGGCGCAGUCACCUGGCUCUCUAUCGGAUUCAUGCUCCCCGCCACCCUAGGCGCCGCUCUCGCCAAGAGAGAGCUCAACCAACCCACCGGAACCAAGAACCAAACCGUGCUCAUCAUCGGCGACGGCAGCUUGCAAAUGACCGCCCAGGAGAUCAGCGUGAUGAUUAAGAAGAAAUUGGAUAUUCUCAUUUUCGUCGUCAAUAAUGAAGGGUACACCAUUGAACGGGUGAUUCACGGCCGAAAUCAGAGCUACAACGAUGUGCCCUUGUGGCGGAACACGCAGGCGUUGAAUUACUUUGGUGCCGAUGACGAACAGGUCAAGAAUAGCACUUUCCAGGCGUGGACCUGUGGCGAGCUGAAGGAGAUUUUGAAGAAUGAACGCGUGCACAGUGGAAGUGGUGUUCGGAUUGUCGAGGUCUUUAUGGAUCGGGAAGAUGUUCAGGGGCCAUUGCUGUAUUUGUUGAACAAGCAGAAGGCAGAAGAGCAGCAGCAGGGCAAGUAG